GAUGCUUUGUCCUCUAAAACACUUUAUUUGUGUAUACCAGCGUUGUUAAAUUUGCCAACAAAAACUGAUGAAAUUUACACUCAGUGGCCACUUUAUUAGGUGCAGUGCAUUCAGAAAGUAUUCAGACCCCUCACUUUGUCACAUUUUGUUACGUUGCAUGUUUUGUUAUGUUAGGAUAGAAGAAAAUGGAUAUGUCCACGACGUAUCUAACAGAAAGCUAAUGUUUUAAACAUCACUUUUUAAUUACGCCGUGAUCAUGUUUUGUCAAAUGCAGCUCUGUGAUUGAAGAGAAAUGAGGCAGCAAGAAUAUAAUUUACAAGACUAAAAACCUUGUUGAAACUUGUGAAACUGUCGUGUUGUUCAUAUGACUGCUUUGUAAAUACAUGUUAAAAGUUUUUUAUCUUAUUUUUUUUCUGUCUGCGGUGAAUAGGUAAUGGGAAGUCAGAACUUGGGCAGUUUUUGUCUGUGAAGCAAGUAACAGAGGGGACAGAUGGAGAGUCCAUGGAAGCUAUUUCAGAGACAGAAGCAACAGUGGACGUUGGAGACCCAGAGCUUGUUCGUCGAUCUUCUUCCAGACUGUCUGAACACGGAGAGGAGGACAACUUUGUUGCUGCUGAAAAAGAAACAGAACUUGAAGAAACUGAGGCAGCUGUGGUCCCUUCUGCUGCAUCUGUGUCUCCUCAAAAUCCAUCACCGUCACGGUCGUCCCUUUCCACAGAUGAGACAUUCAGCACGACGUUGGUUCAGGUUGGGGACCCAGGUGGCACCUCAGAGUCUGGAAAGGAGGGUACUGAGGAGAAAACUGAGGAGGAGUUUGACUCACAUGAAGAAAAUGUUGCAGUAAAGGACAACAGUUUAGAGGAAAGUCCUGCAGGACCAGCAGGACCAGAUGUGAGUGAGGAUGCAGAUAGGGACACGACUUCUGAUUGCAAAAAGAAGACAACACACACUGAGGGAAACGUUGAUCCAGGCAUUAAAUCUAAGGAGGACAUCGUCACACGGCAGGAAAAGGAGUCUCAUGGUUGUAAACUGACGGUUUCUACAGCUGACGACCUCGACGAGAUGAUGGACAUUGGUACCGUGGAUCAGAUGGAACAAGAAGCUCAGAUGAAAGAGGAGGAGGAACAGAAUAGUGUGAUGGAUGUGGAAAGCAGCCGUUCACCUGCCACUUCAAUCACAGUCUCAGUGGCAGAGGACAGUAACUCAGUUGAGGAGGAAACCGAUGUGAAACCUGCUGUAAUGCCACCCCAUGCAGAGAAGGACCAAGUGGAGGAGAUGAAAGUGCCUUUAGAUCUGAUGCAGUCCAGCUCAUCGCCAUCGUCUGAAGCCACGGCCAGCACAGGAAGAGACAGCUCAUCGCCAGCGACCAUGAUGAAUGGGAUGAAAGUAGUUAAGCUAUCAAUACCAAGAUUAGACACUGAGAGAUUACGGGAAGCAGCUCAGUCAAUCAAGUUGUCUCCUUCACCACCUUUGGUCAAGGUGAAGGAUGAGCCCUUAGAUGAGGAGUACGAGCAGGCUCUAAUAUCUUCUACAUCUACAGCAAGCGUGAAGGAUGAGCCUAAUACUGCCAAGGAGGACUUGAGGAUUGGAUCGGUCUUCUCUGUGACUCCAGCUACCGAAACACAGACGCUGCCCACCGUCAACCCGUCGUCUUUGCACAUGUCCUGUUCCAACUGCAAGAAAAGCCUGAUGAAGGGGCAGACGGCCUUCCAGAGGAAGGGCUCCCCAGAACUCUUCUGCUCCACCACCUGCCUCACCACAUCUCUCCCCACUGUCAAAGGAGUCACUAAGAUCUGCCACAACUGCCAAAAGUUGAUAUUUCGGCCUCAGGACGUCAUCCUGGCUCCAGAUGCUAAAGGAGCCAUGAAGGAAUUCUGCAGCCAGAACUGCCUGACCUCCUUCAACUACAAGAAAAACGCCUCCAACUACAGGAAAACAGCCGCGACCAAAAAACAACUACAACCGAUAGCACCGCAGUCACUCUGCAGCAUGUGCACCAGAUACUGCAUUAGCAAACAUGAGGUGAUCCUGAGCGGUGCUGUCCACAAGAUCUGCAGUGACUCCUGCUUUAACCGCUUCCGUACUGUAAACAACCUGUCCAUGGCCGGCUGUGCGAACUGCAGCUCCUACUGCCACAACAAACCGCUCACGUUGAAGGUGGACGACAGCAACAAAACUCUGUGCAACGCAGAGUGUCUGGCCAAGUACAAAGAGAAAACCAAGAUAACCCAUCCUUGUACUAUGUGUCGAACUACCCGUUUACUGGCAGAGAUGGUUGACAACAAGAACAGUGACGACUCGGUGAACCUCUUCUGUAGCAGCAGCUGUGUGAUGGCAUUCAAGGUUCAAACUGUCAGUGCCUCAGGUGCUCGGUUGAAUUGCGAUAGUUGUGGGAAAAACACUGUACCGGCCUACCACCUAGCCAUGUCAGAUACCUCCAUCAGGAACUUCUGCAUGCUACCAUGUGUCAUGGCUUUUCAGGAAAAGUUCAAGAAGUCCCAGAAACAGGUGAAUGUCUUCACCAAGCUGCCAAUCGGAUCCACACAAAUCCAGGCCGUCACUCCUACCCAACCUCAGCAAGAUGUCUCCAAAGGGCCGCCAAAACUGAACUGCUCCCAGUGUACCCGCACCAUAACUUUCAAACCUGAGCUCAUCCAGAUCAAGGACAAGAUGGUUUUCGUGUGCAGCGUGGACUGUUCUCACGAGUUCAAGAAGGCCAACUACGUGACGAGCCUGUGUGAAUACUGUAAGAUCGAAAAGAUCACCAGAGACGCCAAGAGAAUUGACAACAAAGACUGCUACUUCUGCAGCGAUGGCUGUAAGCUCCUCUUUAGACACGACCUGACGAAAAACUGGGGGAAACACUGUCACUCCUGUGUCUACUGCCACUGUGUCUCAAAGAAGCUGGUGACGGCCCAGUACGGAGGCUCGACGGAGGAGUUCUGCUCUGAGGAGUGCAGGUCCAAGUACACCAUGCUCUUCUGCCACGUUGCCAAGUGCGACACCUGCGGUCGCAAAGGGAAACUGAAGCAGAGCCUUCCCAUGCUGGGGGAGGUCAAACACUUCUGUGAUCUGAGUUGUCUGCUACAGUUCUGCAGUGAUAAGGUGGUCACGCAGGGCGAGCUCUUUAAAGGUACGGGUGAGGCCACACCUGUCAUCGCCAACGUCAUCUCACUUGCUGGCCCUCCAGCGGGAGAAUCCAACGCCUCAGACAGAACGGCCCAGCAAAGCACAGCCUCUAACUUCAAAUCAAAGAGCUCUGGACAUAUCAGUAUUCAGACUGAAAGAGUGAAACCUCAUCCUCCUUCUGGCCCGAAAAUCCUGAAGAACAAGGCUCUUCUCUGUAGACCACUGGUGCAGAACAAAGGGGUCUCCUGUAAAACACAGACAGCUGAUGUCGAAGCACAGACAGACGACAUCUUCCCUAAAAUCAUGGUCGUGCCUGUCCCGGUGCCGGUUUAUGUUCCCGUACCCAUGAACAUGUACAGCCAAUGUACCCCCAAACCUGUGGGCCUGCCACUACCGCUGCCUGUGCCCAUGUUCCUUCCUGUGACAAUGGACAGCGCUGAACGCAUCGUCGAGACCAUCCAGGAGAUCAAGGAAAAGAUCCCGUCCGAUCCUUUCGAGGCCGAGCUCAUCCUCAUGGCCGAGAUGGUGGCAGAGCAAGAUGAGAAGAACAACAAACAGGAGAGACCAAAGGAGAAAGUGGCGGAGAAGGAGACGGAGAGACACGACGCACCUGCCCAAGAUGACCACGCCAGUAACUACAGUGACGACCUGGAUACGGACGACUUGGCCAGUUUCCUCAACAACUGGGAGGACGCCUCCUCUGACACAGGCCUCAGGUCGCCGGGUCGAUCGUACACCCAUGAGAAGCUCAACCCCAUUCUGGAUGUUCCUGUGGGCAUGCCCAGUGAACCUUACUCUGAGCCCCCACCUCCAGCUCCGCCUCCCAUGGACGUCGAAGCUGACUUUACUGUUGAAACUCUAGAGAGGAUGGACCGGCUGAGAGAGCAGUUCCGGCAACCCCCGAGCCCUCCGCCUGCCGCUUCACGGCGACGACAAGCUCACAGGAAAGCCCGAGAAAAGAAGGGUCGUAAGUCGCCGCGGUCAUCUAAGGCAGCUGAAGCAACGUCUCAGAAAGGCUCCUCCUACAAGGCCACGGCCGUAGAAGCCCCAAAACUUAAGAGUCAAUAUGGAGUUGACGCCUGGAAGAGAUGGAUCCAGUGGAGGCAAACUCAGCCCAACCUGGAGAAACCACGCUUCGGAUCACGUCCCAUGGAGUUAAAGGAGGACGUCCUUCAAUGCACCACAGCUGAGCUGAGCUACGGCCUCUGCUGCUUCAUCACUGAGGUGAAACGACCAAAUGGAGAGCCAUACUCCCCCGACAGCCUGUUCUACCUCUGCCUCGGCAUCCAACAGUACCUGUUCGAGAACGGUCGCGUGGAGAACAUAUUCAUGGAUCGCUUCUACAACAAGUUCUCCACUGAGUUCACCAAUAUGCUGAGAGGCUUCAAACCCUCAAUCACAGCUAGCGGUUACAUCCAUUCCCGUGUGGAGGAGGAGUUUCUCUGGGACUGUAAACAGCUGGGGGCGUACUCCCCCAUCGUCCUCCUCAACACUCUGCUCUUCUUCUGCUGCAAGUACUUCGGCUUCACCACGGUGGAGCAGCACCGCCAGCUGUCCUUCGCCCACGUCAUGCGCUGCACCAAAACCAACCCGAACAACACCAAGACCACCUUCCUGCGCUUCUACCCACCCAUAUCCAUAAAUGAAGCCGAGCCAGAUCCAGAGGUUCCAGCCAAGAAGCGCAAGGAGGAGGAGAGUAAAGAGGAUAUCCUGGAGAUGAUGGAGAACACGGAGAACCCUCUCCGCUGUCCAGUCAGACUCUACGAGUUCUACCUCUCCAAGUGCUCGGAGUCGGUCAAGCAGCGCACCAACCUGUUCUACCUUCACCCCGAGCGCUGCUGCGUCCCCAACAGCCCUCUGUGGUUCUCCUCCACGACGCUGGAUGACAGCACCAUGGAGGCCAUGCUCAUCCGCAUUCUCACCGUAAGAGAGCUGCACCUCAGGACGAGAAAAGAGGGAGGGACUGAGCAGAAGACACCUGACGACCCAACUUUUAUACCUGACGAGGGUGAAGAUGAGGAUUCAGAGUGAUAAAGGCCAAUGAGAACAGAAGAACAGAAGUGACCUUUCUUUGGUGUUGCAGCUUGUGGUGUAAAUGGUUGUAGGUUAACUGAAAGGUUCAUUUAAACACGGCCCAAUAAACAUAAAUGGACGGCAUAAAUCUCUCACAUACAUAAUAACUACAAUGUGCUGAACUACAGAGAAUGCAUACUUCCUAAACGUCAUGUUGAUCAGGAUUUUAUAGAAGAUCUUCAAACACACAGUGUUUGUAUAGCUGGGACUUGGAAACUGAGAUGCAAGACUCAGCUCAGCAUUCAGACUGUUUACUACUGCUCAGCAGGACACAUAGCUGAACUUCUUUGUGUCUGCUUAAUGGUUGCUUCUCAUGGAUAAUGCUACUUGUGUUUCCUUCCAUGUGCUAUGAUUUCUUAAAUUCCUGUGCAAUUUGGACAUAAGUUGUUUUUGUAAGACAAGCCUUUCUUUUUGGAGGGAUGGAGGGCUACAAUAAAAGAGCCUGAGAGCUACGAUGAAAAACAGUUUUGAUUUUUGUUGGUGUGAGUAAUAAACGUCAAUUCCAGAAGACAAACUUAAAGCAUCUCUCUGAUGUAGAUGUAAUGUAGUGUUUUCUAUGUUUUCCUGUUACCUCAUUUAUAUAAGUGGACAAAUUUUGAUCACCAGUGUCCAAUUGAUGGGAUUAAACAUAUGCUAGGAAUUGAUUUGAAUACAUUUAAGAAAACCAUGUCUAUAAAUGUAACGCACAUCUCUUUUUAAAGAAGCUGAAGACUCUCAUUCCAUUUGGAAAAAAAUGCACAAUUUUACCCCUUUUGUUGACUUAACAGUAAAAUUAACAGAAUAGUCUGAGUAUCUAGUUCAUUUUGGGCAUGCAAUUUCAUCCAAAGUGUCCUCUUAAGACAUUGACUUUUUGCAUAACCGUGACCCCCAGUAUUAUAUAAAAAUAAAGUUAAAAAAAAAAAGAUACUCUCCCUUCAUGUAUAUCUUGGUUAUAUUAACCCCCAGUCUGAAGAGUAUGGCUGCCAAGGUUCUCUUGAGUAUU